CUGUAGCUACCUGUCACUACUGGUCGAGUUGAACAUGAAAGUGAAAGCAGUGAAAUCCCCAGAUUGUUAGGCCUAGUCACCGCUCCAGACGGUAAAAGGUGUUGCUCAGUAACCAGGGACAUUCAAUGGCAAGCGGUGAUCAGAUGGCAGAGAUUGGGGAACCUGGGGACAUGGAGGAGGUCAAAGAAGCUCAGGGUCUAGAGGACGGAUCCUCCCUCAAAUCCACCAUGGAGAGGAAUGGGAAGAUCCAACCCGAUGGCCCGGUGAAGGAGAAGAAACUGGGGAUGAUGAAGCAAUUCAGGGAGAGCAUGAAGCGGGUUGGAGAGAGGAGUCCUCUGGCCUCAAACAGCAAAGGGUCAAAGGACAGACCCUAUUCAGACCAGGGGGGGGACAGUAUUGACCCUGAAGUGACAUCUCUGACCCAUCAGCUGCCGCCCACUCACUCACCAAGUUUGAGUGCUGGGUCUCCUGUGGCCUCUCCCCUGAGGAGUCCAGGUGAGUUUUUUCAAAGGAAGGAGGGAGAAGAGGGUGCAGAAGAUUCACCACCAUCCCAGAAAAAACACUCCAGAACACACUCAGACCCAUCAACCAUUGGGGACUCUCUUCUGAAGAAGGGGGCUUCCAUUCGACGGAGUUUGCGACUUGUGGGGAAUAAGAAGGACAAGACCCUCAAACAGGAGCCGCUCCAGUCUGUCACUGAGAUCACAGUGGAGGAGAAGAGGGAGAAGAAGAAAGAAGAGAUCAAUGAGUCAUACAUACUCCCAGAGAUACCCCUCAUACCACCCUCAGGUAUGAGUGCUGGGUCUCCUGUGGGCUCUCCCCUGAAGAGUCCGGUUGGGUUCUUCCAAAUAAAGGAGGGAGGAGAGAUUGCAGAAGAUUCACCAUCAUCCCAGAAAAAACACUCCAGAACACACUUAGACCCAUCAACCAUUGGGGACUCUCUUCUGAAGAAGGGGGCUUCCAUUCGACGGAGUUUUCGACUUGCGGGGAAUAAGAAGGACAAGACCCUCAAACAGGAGCAGCUCCAGUCUGUCACUGAGAUCACAGUGGAGGAGAAGAGACGGGGGGAGGAGAGCGUAGAGAUCAAAGAGUCAUACAUACUCCCAGAGAUACCCCUCACACCCCUCUCAGUGAUGCAGAUCAACGAGCUGAUUAAGACUGAGGUGCUGGAGGAGGCCCACCUGAACCUCCUCUCCCUACGCCAGGAGUUCCAGCGGGAGAGGGAUGAGUGCACGGAGGAGGCCUCCCCCAUGGAGCUGGCAAAGAAGGAGAAGGACCUGAGCAUCCUUUACAGAGCCAUGCAGGAAAAGGUGAAGGAGAUAGUGCGCAACUCCAACAGCCUUCCCUCCCUCAACAAGGAGCUCCUGAUGCAUGUGGCCCGCGUCAUCCAGGAGGAGGAGAAGAGGGAGGCAGAGCCUGGGGGCGUGGUUGGGCUAGGGGACUGGCGGGGUGCCUGGAGGGAGGCUGUGAGCGAGGGGGUCGAGGCAACGUUGAAGAGAGUUCCUCUGGACAGGCCUGAGCAGAAUGCCUCCUGGCUGGCUAUCCACCUGGGUCUGCUGGGCAAGGCCAUCGUAGAAGACUUGGAGAAGGUGAAGAGAGAGCUGCAGGGCUCUUACCCACCCAGCUUCAACGUGUUCAGCACCUACAUGAGCUGUUACCAUGGUGCUGUCAGCCAGCACCUGAACACGCUUCAGCAGCAGGUGACAGAUCUGAAGGACUACUACGCCCUGCUGGACUGGAUCAUCAAUCACUAUGAGAGUGAGAAGAUAAUGAGCAGUCCUUCAUUGAGACCAGAGAUGGAGGCUGAGAAAACAGGCCUCUCACUGGAGGAGGGCUUCCUGGACCAGCUCAAGGGGAAGUACUGCAUGCGGGCUAAGGAGGACAUGAGAGCUUCGCUGGAUAAAAUAUUAGAGCUUGAAAAUGAGGACAUUUGGAUAAAGAAACAGGCACCAGAGACCGAUGAUGAACACUUCUUGAACUCUGACAUACACAUGGAUAUUUGGACGAAAGUUAAGAGCAAUGCUGUUAACUCCAAGAAGAUUGAUGUGAACCUGGAGAUGAGAGUAGUCUGUUCCUGCCUAGAAGAGUUACAGCAGUUUCCCAAACGAUUUGAGACUAAAUUAAGGUACUGCUGUAACAGUGUGGAAAACGCUUCGCUUUGGGCUGACUAUCAGAUAACCUACAUCAACAGCUUUACAGCUCUUAUGGAGCAUAUGGAGGGCUACAGGGAGAGCUGCCCAACACCGGUGGACCAUCUCAGCAGAGAGGUGGAUGGCCUGGUCCAUAGACUGGUCCAGAGCCUGGAGGAUCAGUUUAAAAAUGAUGUUAGGCCCUACCUCAGGAGAAUGAUGACGAGGAAGUGGCUCUCCACAGAUGAGGACUUCCAACAGCUGUAUAGCAGGACAGAGAAGCUGACCCAUCGCUGUUCACAAAUGAGACCUCCAUAUGUACAGACCUUUUUGAGCUGCUUGCACUACUACGUGGUGAAAGAGUAUGUCUCCCAGCUGAUGAAAAACAACUACUCCUGUAAGAACAGGAAGCAUGACAAAGCCGCCACCAAGAUGAGGGCGCAGUGGGAUAAACUCAAGGAUCUUUUUGAGGAAAUGACAACCCAUGACUGGCUCCACCCAGUAGGAGACCACCUGAGUAACAUCAUUGGGGAAACAAACAAGAGGAACAUAAAGAACCACCUGAAACUUUUAGUUGCUGACUACCCAGACAUCAGUAAGAAGCACCUGUCGGCUGUGCUGUACUUCAGGGGCUUGAUGCGGGGCAGGGAGAGACAGGUGAUCCUGCAGCGUCUCACUGAGCUGAAGAGGGAACUGGGAACCGCAGGGAACAUGGGAGAUAAUAGAAGAGCCCUCUUCAGUGAUAUGCAGGUCACUGUCACCAAUACAGACUGUCUGGCUGACAUUCCGUUAUUCUGCUUCCUCCUCCCAGACAGCUAAUAAACGGACCUAGAUACAGGAGCCUACGACAGAGAUGAUAACCUAACCAAACUGUCUGAGAAAAAUAACAUACUGUAUCACAAGUAGGAUCACCUCGCACAAAUCAAACUGAGAAUAAUGAUUCAUGUAAUCAAAGGGAUGCUUUAAGACACCUCGUUUGUUUCCUAUCAUGUAUUGUUACUACAGCCCACUGUCGCAAAAAGAAGCUUAGGACACAAAUAAUAAUGGGGCUGAUUUGCUAAAUGAAAGAACAGCUUUAAUAUAGCAGAUUGUGGCUUCCCUCAAUGUAAUUGUCUGCAUUUCCAAUCCCCGAUAUCUUUAUUUGUAAAUAUGUCUAUUAAAAUAUAUAUAUAUUUUCCUUGAUUAUUUUCCCCUAACCCUACCAUCCCUCUCCUAAUUGGCAUAAACUAUUGGACAACAACACUUAGGCUUCUACUUCCAGCUUAUACAUGCUAUAUACAUUUUAUGGACACAUUAUAUUUUACAAUAGUUCUCUUUUUGUUUUUAGUCCCAUCCUUCAGCUCCACUCAACCCUUCUCAUCGAUCUCUGAACACCAUCCAGUUUUGCCAUAUAUUGAACACCAUUUCAUUUGCCAUAUUUUUGAACUGUGCUGUGAUGUUUCACAAAACUUCUGAACCUUUCUAUUCUCAUAGAUUCUACAUAUUGUAAAUAAAUAAAUACUCAUUUGUCUAAGAGUUAUUAUAGUA